GUCGUUACACCAAAACAUAGCGGGCCAAGCCUUUAUUAGGGUUUUUGCUGAUUUUCUUUGCGGAAACACCAAAAAAGAAACCUCUUGAGCACAUUUGUUUACUUCGAUCCCAAGAAUACUACUAUUUCAUCUUGUUUCAAUGGCUGCCAACAGUGCUCAAGCUGCGGCUCAAGCUGCUUUCGAGAAAGACCAGAUGUUUGGAAUGGCUGCAAAUGAAAUGGAAUAUAGAGUUGAUUUGUUUAACAGGCUUACUCAGACUUGCUUUAACAAAUGCAUUGAGAAGAGAUACAAGGAGGCUGAGCUAAAUAUGGGUGAGAACAGUUGCAUCGACCGUUGUGUUUCAAAGUAUUGGCAGGUGACAAAUUUAGUUGGCCAGCUCCUUGGUUCUAAUCGACCUCCUAUGUAAGCGGAAAGCUAACGGUAUCAUUUUGAAGGUUAAAUUUUUUGUUUUCUCAAUUCAGUGAUCCGCUGUGUAGACAGCAAAAAUUCUCUGUUUUCAUAUAAAUUUGAAUCAGCCCUAGUGGUUAAGUGAAUUUUUAGUAGCACACUUGAGAUGAUAAGUGUAUAACUGAUUUAGUUGAUAAAAAAAGCUAUUUGCUGUUAUUGGAAGGAGUGAUCUUACAUACUACCAAGUAAGUCAAAAUAGAUGUAGAAUAGUACUUGAGAAUUGUUGACUUUAAAUCUUUUACAGCUUGUGCA